AGAGCUAGCAACACAUACAACUCCCCUUAUCACUUGAAGUCACUAAGCUGCGGCAGGUCCAAAGUUAACCAGACUCUUCAGCCAAAAAACCCUCGCACUACUUGCUAUACCCUCCAUAAUGUCUAACUCGCAAACUCCUGAUGCACGCACUGCGCUUAUGCAAUCUAUUCUGUCGCGUCACUUGCAGGCGAGUCCGGCGAGAGCACCCUCAAGCUCUCUAUUGCGGAGACCAAGCCGCAAUUUUAAUGUGCAGGACUUUGCUGGCCACCGAAAGCAGGCAGCUAACCCUAGCAAACGCAAGGCGCGCGAGGACAAAAUUGUCUUGGCGAUUCGAGGUAGAACGAUCUAUGAUCCACGAGCCAGCCCCAUUACAUACUCGGCACCCAAGAAAAGCCGCCCACGGAAGAAGUUGAUGAAGCCAACCGCGCCCUCAUACCACCCUGGUGCAUCCUUUGAAGAGAAAGCAUUGACUCUGAAUAUUUUAAAACGGAUGGAAACCGAGGAAGAACAUCCAGAGAAGAACCUAGGUUUCUUGGUGAAAGCCGGAGGUGAAUCUACACCGAGCUGCUACUGGCAGGCGCAGGACAAGUCUCCUUGGAUGGGCAUCUCCGAGUCUGAUCCGGACUGGCCAGGAAGCAGUGAAAAGGUCACACCCUCGGAUAUGGAGUAUUCCCCGUCUUGCUGGAACGCGCCGCAAUUUAACUCAGGGGAGGGCGACUGGGAGAUGAUGUUUGACAUGUACAUCAAAGAGCAGUGAAGCUAUGAUGCGGCUUUUGGGAAGAACUGUUGAAUAAUCAUCAUCAAUACGGUAAUCACUCAUUUUAUAAUAUUUUCUGUAGUUAGUUGUGGCAAUAUGUAUAUCCUGCAAGUGCACUAUCAUUUACGUACCAUCAC